GCGAGCAGAUGCAGCGACUGCAGGAGCUUCUGAGCGUUUAGAAGGGAAGCAGAAACACAUCAGACGCUUGAGGAGGAAUUAAAAGAGGAUCUGACACAAAAACCAAACCCUCUGUGUACCGUCUGAAUGGAUGAACGUGCAGCUGUAGUUUGUGCAACUGAAGGAAUUAACAAGCAAAACUAGCUGAAGACUCGAGCAGAAAGACUUCACCCCGAUCGCUCAUAAGGAGAUAAAAACACAAGCAUCCUGCCGAACACGAUGAGCACCGUCUGGCCAACUGACGGCUUCACCAACCACACCUUCAGCAACCGCUCGUGUCCUCUGGAGGAGGAGAACCUGCGGCUCCCGCUGGCGGUGCUCUACUCGCUCAUCUUUCUGUUCGGUCUGGCAGGAAACCUGCUGGCUCUGUGGGUCUUCUUCUUCCUGCACUCGCGCAGAAACUCCGUGCGCGUCUUCCUGAUCAACGUGGCGGUGGCGGACCUGGUUCUGCUGGCGUGUCUUCCCUUCCGUGUGCUGUACCACGCUCAGGGGAACGUGUGGUCUCUGGGGCCGCGCAUGUGCAAGGCGGUGGGCAACCUGUUCUACAUGAACAUGUACGUCAGCAUCACCCUGAUGGGUCUGAUCAGUCUGGACCGCUAUCUGAAGAUCAUCGGCGUGCGGGGCUCUCAGAGGGGCUGCGGGCCGCGCUGGCUCAGGGGCAGCCGCUGGAGUCUGGUGACCUGCGUUCUGCUGUGGAGCGGCUCUCUGGUGAUGGUGGUGCCUAUGAUCGCGCUGGCCGAGGGCAACGAGGAGCCGGGGAAGUGUUUCCAGUACAAGCAGAGAAAGCACGCUAGAGGCAAAGCCUACUUUAAUCUGUUCAUGGUGGCGGUGUUCUGGCUGGUGUUUGCGGUGCUGCUGGUUUCAUACGGACGGAUCGCACGCAGACUUCUGCGAGCAUCGCGGGACAAACCAGACCUGCCCAAUGCCUUGCGCUACGCCCGCACCGCUAGGAAAUCCUUCGUGGUUCUGCUUCUCUUCACCAUCUGCUUCGUGCCAUAUCACGCCUUCAGGGGCUUCUAUGUUGCUUCGCAGCUCCGAGAUGUUAGCUGCGAAACGCGGCGGCUCAUGGACCUCACCAACGAGCUCAUGCUGCUGUUCUCGGCUCUCAACAGCUGCUUGGACCCCGUCAUGUACUUCAUGCUCUCGGGCUCGGUGCGCAAGGCCACCACUCAGGCCUUAUCGCAAUUCCUACACUUGCACCAGGAACCUGCGAUGACCAACAGCUCGACCACGGAGUUUCGGAGGACGUCUGUGUCACACGCCUCCAAUGCUCCGGUGCUGGUCACAUCCAGAGGCAGCCUGGGACUCAUUACGACGACCCUCCGCCUUCAGCAGUGACGGAGAGUCCUGUCCGCAGAUCACGGCUCUGUCAAACUGAUCGAGCUGCACUGUGAGACGAAAGAGUUCACCCACAUACUUGCAUGGGAAAAGACUCACUGGUGUGAAACAAUGACUAGCUUGAAAAGUCUGCGUGGGAAAGUUCUUGAGACGUCACUUCGAGGGGCAUGUGAGGGAUUUAUGGCUGGACGCAGGAGACUGCCACACAUCUGGUCUGAGAUUUGAGAUCGGACAGACACAACCAUCAUUGAAAUCUCAAACUCAUUUCAAGUUCAACAGAUGAACACUGACUGGAUGAAGGCCAGUAACUCAAAGAGAGUUACUGCACCUCCUUUCAGCAUUUUACAGUGGACUGUUCCUUCAUAAACCAGAGCUGUGCAAAAGGAACCAGUGCCACUCUCCUCAUGUAAACCAAUGGCCAGUGAUAGUUUGAUCUCACACAGCAUGUUCAUCUGUAAACACAGCAGCUGCUGAGUCAGUGAUCUCAUGAACUUCAGACACAACCGAUCUGCGUCCAGCUGAAGCGCCAAUCUGACAAUAACCCCACUUUAAUCACAGAUGGACGUCACAUUAGACGGGGUUCCUGACGGUGCAGCUCAUGUCAGCGGUUCCAACGCUUUCUGACCAUCUCAGUCAUCUGUGACCACGAGCUGUUGAAGAUCAUCGUGACAUGACUGACUUUUCAACUGUUUCUAAAUUCACGUAGCUCAGACUGUAGAGUAACACCAGUCAUGGGUUUGAUUCCCAGUGAAUGCACGAGUGAAAGUGUCUGCCA